UGACAGGUAUAAAUACCAGUUGGUUUUGCAAAUAAUUUCAGUUGGAGGUAGAAUACGAUUGGGUUUACACUGAUGCUUCUAGCUUUAGAAUUGCCACGACUUCUCAUUUCAUCGACCAUGCUGACGGCAGUGGGCGUGGUCUAUCUACUGGUUGGAGUAUGCUUGGCCGACAAGACGCUGGACUUGGAGAAUGGAGUGAUCGUACAUAUGUUUGAGUGGCCUUACUCAGAAAUCGCAAGAGAAUGUGAGGAGUUUUUGGGCCCGAGAGGAUUUGCUGGCGUCCAACUUUCACCUUCUACAGAGCAUAUUGUGGCGGAAGGCCAGUGGUGGGAGAGGUACCAAGUGGUCUCGUAUCAUCUGGUCAGCCGCUCAGGCGACGAGGAACACCUUCGAAAUAUGAUAACAAGAUGCAACCGUGCUGGGGUUUGGGUGUUUGCUGAUGUAGUUUUCAACCAUAUGACAGCUGAUAGAGACAACUGUCGUGGUUUUGGAGGGACAAUGUGUUACCCUAGAGACAAAUCUUACCCAGGGGUCCCCUACUCAUCUAAAGACUUCCACGAUCGAUAUUGUAACGGCAUAGACUACAAAGAUGCAGGACAGGUAAGAGAAUGUGAACUUGAUGGCCUGCAUGACUUGAACCAGGCUCUUGAGUCAGUCAGAAAACCGAUAGUGGAACUUUUAAACAAAUUAAUAGAGUUUGGUGUCGCCGGAUUUAGGAUAGAUGCAGCUAAACACAUGCACCCUGAUGAUUUGAAAAUAAUCUACGAAAGGUUGAACUAUCUGAACACAAAACAUGGUUUCGAAGAAAAAACUAAACCUUUGAUAUACCAGGAAGUCAUAGACAAAGAUG